UGCCGACCAUGAUCAACCUGUGAAGUCAGCAGUCAGUUUCUUUUGGGGAACAGUCAUGACUAGAUGAUUCUGGCUUUAGGUUUGGAUCAAUGGGUGAAAUAAAUAAAAACUAGCAAAUGCUUUUACUUAAAGACCUAUGAUUAUACAACAAAACUAUUAUUGAGUUUAAACUAGAUUACUAACUCAACAUGUUGCAAUACCUCGUUCAUUAAAAGAAUACUCCUAUACAUAUUUUUUUGAUUGUUUUGUAAGUGACAAAUCAACGUCUGCUAUAAAACAAAAAGCCAACGAGAGCCUUCGGAAAUCCUCGGUAAUCAUCGGCCUGUGACGUAUGGUCAGGAAUCUACCUGGCCGACUGCCAUUGUUUUUGGUGAAUGUGUACACGGCCACAAUACAUGCAAUAUAGGCCUACAUAUGAUACAUUAUUUGUGUUGUCUUUCGAUUUGUGCCGUGAUAUUUUGGACAAAAUGCCAGAUCGUUGUGUUGCUGGUGGAUGCAACAAUGUUGCAGACAAAAGAAAGGGGAUUAUGAUUCACCGUUUUCCCAAGGAUGAACGAAUUCGGGCACAGUGGGUGCGUUUUGUUGCAUUUAAAAGGAAGAACUUUUCAGCAACGAAACACUCUGUGCUCUGCUCUGGCCAUUUCAACAGGGAUUGUUAUUUUCCCAAAAGUACGCUUGUGACUGACGAUAGUCAAGAAGCUGGAUAUCGUACAGUAAGUGUAUGGAUGAAAAGUGAUGAUGCCGUGCCAACAGUUUUUGAUUCCGCCCAGACAAACAAAGCUUGUGGGCCUCCACCGCCACCAAACACAGAAGAACCAAAUUUGGUACCUCCUCCGACUGGUUUGGCAAGGUCUGGCAGGAAAUCACAGUAUAGAGAACGAAAAGAGAGAAUGAGUAUUGUUCAAACCGCAAUUAAGGGGUAUAACGAUCUUGUCUGCAUCCCUGACGACAAUGAUGAAAUUCAGCCAUCAGACCAGGAACACCAACCUGAACAAAUUCAAAUGGUUCUGAAGAAGCUUGUCCGCACCAAAGUUCAAAUUGAAAGUUUUGCCCCAGUUCAAUUCAGGAAUGUGAGUUGCCAGGUGUCGCCAGAUGCAAAUAAUAUGGGGUGCCAGACAAAGACGUACUUCAGAUCAGAAUCGGUGCAGUGUACGCUUAUUGGUGACCAGUUCGUCCACAUCCCUGCUGAUCUACCAACUCAAACUGACACCAGCAGCAGUGCAGAAGCCACACCCAUGCCUUUAACCCAUCCUCCAGAACCAAUUCCCACCACUCCACCUCCCACACCAAGUAGCCCGACUGUACCAUUGUCAUCAACACCGAAUCCAAAGAGGAAAUGAAAUGAAAGUUUCACUGAUGCUGAUUUGGACCAGUCCUUUUCUUUCAUUGA